AUGGGAACUUGUGUUUAACUUGCUAAUUAACAAUAGUUUGAAUUCAAUACAAUUGAUUAGAUAAGACUGUAUGAAAAUAGACAUGUUUAUAUGAAUCCUGAAGAAGAAUUAUAAUGGAAACGAUAAAAUAAUGGAGAGGUAAAUAUAAAAUAUAUGCAGGAAAGCAUGCUAAAAAAAUAAUUAGAGGCUGAAGAACUCUAGAAGCAGUAACAAAUAGAAAACUAAAAAAUACAUUAAUAAAUGGUAGAAAUGUGAAAUUAUAGUUAUUAUUAGAUAAACUUAUAUGAUUCUUCAAAUGAGGCAUCCAAUUUAUAAGCAGAUUUAGAGUUGAGAUCACUCAACUUAUAACCAUCAAUUAAUAUGUAAUAAAGAAGUGUGGGUAUUAGUGAAGCUGAAAAAAAACAAGAUAGAUCAUUCACCUAAGGUUAAUCUCCUAAAGUGAAAAAAAAUAAUGCAAUUUAAGAGCAAGAGAAAUAGAAGCAACUGAUUGAUUAUUUGUCUAAAGGUGAGAAAGACAUUCUUCUAUAGCCUCUGCCUUCUCUUCCUAAUUUAUUUGAAAAUAUAGAUUUUGGAGUCUAUUAAGCAUUUGACAGUGCAGAAAUUACUCCUUUAGCAACUCCAUAGUAAGAAGAGGAAUCUGAAUGUGAAGAAUUAGAAGAAGAACCAUUAUAAUUAGAGCAAGAAAUAGUUGAAGUUGAGAAAAAACAGUAAUCAGAGUAAGAAAUAGUUGAAGUUGAAAAAAAAGAAGUACCAUAGCCUGAAUAAAAAUCGUUUCAAAUAGAAUAACCUAAAUCCUAGGUGGUACUAGAUAAUCCAAUCUUUCAAUAAAAUCAUGAAGAUACAAUAUCUUUAGAAGAUGACAAUCCAGAUCCAGAAGAAGUAAAACAGAAUGCUCCUCCUUAGGAGAGACAAAUCAUUCUAUAAUCAUCGAGAGGAGAAUAAAUGAUUAUGUCCUUUGCUCCGAAUUAAUAAUAACAAUUUAUAAAAUCUUAAUAGUAAGCUAUACCUGAAAAUGAGGUUGAGGUUCUAAAUCAUAAACCAAGUUUAGAAAAGGCAGUACCAUCAAACACCGAUGUUCUAAAAAUAGAAAAUGAGCAUGUUGUUGCAUUAUCUGCAUAACUGGAACCUAUAAACAUCAAUGUAGAUAUUAAAAAUUGCGAAAUGUUGGGUCCAUAUAUUAUUUUGGAUACUGGAGAUGUUUAUGUAGGUACAUGGUAAAUGGGAAAACGACAUGGAUUCGGAAAGCAAAUAUUUUCAAAUGGAGCCUAUUAUGAAGGAUAAUGGUUGAAUGAUUUUUUAUAAGGAUAUGGAAGAUAUAUAUUUUAAAAUGGAGAUUAUUAUGCAGGAGAAUUUGUGCAUGGUGAAAGAGAAGGAGUUGGUGUAUUGGUUUAUUAAGAUGGAUCAUCAUAUGAAGGAAAAUGGUUAAAAAAUUAAAAAGUAAAUAAUAAUAGUUAUAUGUGUAGAAUGGUGAGGGUAGAGAAUAAACUGGAGAUGGUAAUGUUUAUGUAGGAACAUUCAAAGCUGGUAAAAAAGAUGGAAAAGGUAGAUUAGAAUAUGUAGAUGGAAGCAUUUUUGAAGGUGUGUUUAAAGAAGGAUAGAUUUGUGGAAAAGGUACUUAAACUUGGCCAGAUGGUAGAAGAUAUGAAGGAGAAUGGAAAGAUGGUAAGAUGCAUGGUUAGGGUGAAUUCAUUUGGGGAGAAGGAAAAUCCUAUAAAGGAGAAUAUAUUAAUAAUGUUAGAUAAGGAUAUGGUGAAUAUAGUUGGCCAGAUGGAAGAACAUAUAAAGGAGGAUGGAAGAAUGGAAUUAUGCAUGGAAAAGGUUUGAUGAUUUGGCCUGAUUAAAGAUUAUAGAAGGGUAUAUGGAUUAAUGGAUAAAAGUAAUUCAGUAAAGAAGAAUUGGCAUAAUUAUCAAAAGUCAAAAAAUCUAAUACUGCUGAUACUUCUAUUAAUAAAACCAAGGAUUCUGGUGCUGAGGGUAAAGAAACUAAAGAAAAAAAAAAAAAGAAAUCGAAGUCAAAAUCUAAAUCAAAAGAAAAAAAGAAGAAGACCAAAUCUAAAGAAAAAUAAUGA